GGGGGAGUGGAAUGGCGUCGCGGGAUGCGCUGAUUCCGAUUCCUCGAUCAAACGCUGGGAAGGCCUUUAAUGAAGCGAAGGCUGCGUUAUAAGUAGGGAGCAGACAGAAGCGGGAAAGCCGAUCCGAGCUUCCGUUAAUCUUCGAUUAUCUGCUUUCGUCCUUUGCUUCGGUCUCGGUUCUGCCGAGUUCUGGGAGAGAGUAGCGGCGCCCCUGUUCGUCGUUCACAGUCUCACCAUGCCACUUGAAGUAGCAACUAAGUCUUCUGACUCAAAACUUUCUCAUCCACCUCUCAAUGAAAGAAUACUUUCAUCCAUGACAAGAAGAUCAGUUGCAGCACAUCCUUGGCAUGAUCUUGAAAUAGGUCCAGGGGCCCCUACGAUAUUCAACUGUGUAGUAGAAAUAAGUAGGGGAAGCAAAGUGAAAUAUGAGCUUGACAAGAAAACUGGCCUGAUAAAGGUGGACCGUGUCCUUUAUUCAUCAGUUGUGUAUCCUCACAAUUAUGGUUUCAUCCCUCGUACUCUUUGUGAAGAUAGUGAUCCUAUGGAUGUGUUGGUCAUUAUGCAGGAACCUGUACUCCCAGGAUGUUUUCUUAGAGCUAAAGCCAUAGGUUUGAUGCCUAUGAUUGAUCAGGGGGAGAAGGAUGACAAGAUUAUUGCUGUCUGUGCUGAUGAUCCUGAGUACAAGCAUUACAAUGAUAUCAAGGAAUUCCCACCUCAUCGAUUAGCUGAGAUUAGACGCUUCUUUGAAGAUUAUAAGAAAAAUGAAAACAAGGAAGUAGCUGUAGAUGACUUUCUUGAUGCAUCAGCAGCUGCCAAAGCAAUCCAACGAUCCAUGGACCUCUAUGCGAGUUACAUUGUGGAAACCCUGAGAAGGUAGGGUGCCUAGUAGAAAGAUGGAUCUGGGGCUACAAGCUUUUGCAAUCAAACUACUGUACUGCAGUCAUUUUAUAUAUACAUAAGCAUUCAGGUUUCACAUGUUCUUAUUAAGGCCAAACAAGCUUUUGCCACGCUUCUACUCAAGCAUAUCAUGAAUGGUUAUUCUAUAUAUUGAAUUUGUUAUCUUUUUUGGAGCUUGAGAGCAUAAUGAAAAUUUUAAAAUAUGCUUGAUUGGCCAAGGGCCACCUCCA